AUGAACGAUGGUUUCUUACUUCUGGACGACGAGCUGUUGAUCGACACGCUACAAAUUCGUAUGGUGCAUAUGCUAAUUCGCAAAGCAAUUCAUUGUUCCAUUGCCAUUGUUAAAUAUGCUGAAUUCUACUACCGUGCCAUUUCAAUGGGCAACAAGCAGUCAUCCGGGUCAUCUCUGUCAACCUCAACUGCUUUAGCUAGUUUGCUUCGAUGCUGCUGUCGGUACUGUGUACUGUACACACCUGGUACUGAAGGUUUUGCAAGCACGGCCUCUCACGCGUCCUUUGCUGCCGACGAAAUUUGGAUUACCAUCGAGAACCACACUGGCACCAAUGGAUCCUUUUCUGAUCAAUUUGACAGAGAUGCUGGCCUUAUGCAAGGCGUCAGCUAUCCCACCUGA